CAUUUUCCACGUUCUCUCCGGAGGGGAGCGCGACGACGCGACGCAACGUGACGUUACGCGACGCGACGCGACGCAACGUGACGUGACGUUACGCGACGCCACGCGCCGCGAUACCCGGUCGCGGAAAGAGAGACCACGAGAGAACGAGGAGGAGGUGGAAGAGGAGGCUGUUGCUGCUGCUGGUAAACAUGUUACGCUCGCACGGCGGCGGCAGCGAGAGGAGAUCGUACGUCGUGCGCCAACCGAGACCGCGGACCGUCGUCGCUGCCAAAUAAGUCCGCGCGCGCGACACGAACAUGGCCUCGUCAACGAGGAGAUCCUGGAAGCUCCAGGAAUUUGUUGCCCAUACACCAAACGUCAAUUGCUUGGCGUUAGGCCACAAGUCGGGUCGUGUCCUAGUCACAGGUGGUGAUGAUAAGAAAGUGAAUCUAUGGGCCGUUGGAAAGCAGAAUUGUAUUAUGAGCCUGAGUGGCCAUACCACUCCUAUAGAAUGUGUACGCUUUGGCCAAACAGAAGAUCUUGUAUGCGCUGGCUCACAGACGGGCGCAUUGAAAAUUUGGGAUCUGGAACAUGCUAAACUGGCACGUACAUUGACGGGACACAAAUCUGGAAUACGUUGCAUGGACUUCCAUCCUUAUGGGGAGCUAUUGGCGUCUGGGAGUUUGGACACAGCAAUUAAAUUAUGGGAUAUCCGCAGGAAGGGUUGCAUUUUUACAUACAAGGGUCACAACAGGACUGUGAAUAGCUUAAAGUUUAGUCCUGAUGGACAGUGGAUCGCGAGCGCUGGAGAGGAAGGGAUGGUUAAGCUGUGGGAUCUAAAGGCUGGUAGACAACUAAGGGAAUUUUCAGAACAUAGAGGGUCGGCCACAACCGUCGAGUUUCAUCCGCAUGAAUUCCUAUUAGCUAGCGGCAGUACCGACAAAACAGUUCACUUCUGGGACUUAGAGUCCUUUCAACUCGUAUCUUCCACGGAACAAAGUCAUUCUUCAGCCAUCCGAUGCUUAUACUUUAGUCAAGGCGGAGAAUGCCUGUUUGCCGGUAGCCAUGAUGUUUUAAAAGUUUACGGCUGGGAGCCGGGUAGAACUCUGGACACGAUACCGACUGGCUGGGGAAAAGUUCAGGACAUAGCCGUAGCUCAAAAUCAAUUGAUCGGCGCGAGUCUUCACACCGCCAAUGUUGUUUUGUACGUUUGCGACUUGAAAAAGAUCGCACCACUCGGGGGAAUAUCCGCCGUGAGUUCUCCAUUCAGUCAUGGAAAUUCUCUGAGGAAGAGUUUCUCCAGGGAACGACCGAUCGGAUUGAAGAAGCAUACAUUAGAUGUACGGACGAUAGAAGAGGCGGACAAAUCUGGCACGGAUCCAGAGGAUGAAGCCACCUAUGCGGAUAUACCCAACGUAACCGAGUACAGGGACAUUUUUCAACCGAAUAGGGCGUUGUCUCGCACACCACCUCUCGAACCUCCCGAGGCUUUCCAGGAGCCUCAUGAUAUAGAUCCAGCGCAACCGCAGAUUCUGCAAAAUCUCUCUACCUCAAUGGCGAACCUGAGCACGAUAGAACGCGAAGAGGUGCCACCGAUGCCAUCUCCCUCUUCGCCAUGUCCACCGGCGCCCACGUUAUCCGUAACGAAGCCGGUACCAGUGCGCGUUCAGCCUAUUAAAUCCUCACCGCCGAUACAAAGGAACACUAUUACGUCUACCAGUCAAAUCAGGGCGAAUCUGCAGGCGAAUAACGGUCUAAAUCAACGGACAUCCAAGAACUUUGCAUCUAUACCGCCGUUGCGGCAGAACAUUACGCCGUUUCCGGGAAAGAAGGUAGCCAAUAAUGAACAAACAGUGUCGACGCCGCCCCAACCUUUAGGACCGCAAAGGUCGAACUCUACCCUAACACCACGCGUCGCACCGAUGGCCGCGGUGAUCCCUGUGAUGGAUGAUGGAAAGUUGAAAAAUAGAGUACCCAGCCCAGAUUCUCCAAAACACUACCUGAAGAGGCAGAGCAGCAGGGACGGGGAGCAGGGAUACGAAAGCGACUAUCCUGUACAAAUUAAUAAUAUAAGACAUAGUCCCUCGGAUCCUGCGCUGAACAGGCCAAAUACGGCGCAGUCGAGGUCGACGUCGCUCAAUCGAAAUUUUGCUACCUCAACUACGCUAUCGGCACGUAAUGCCUCUACAACUACGUCGACCACAAGGAAACUGCCUAAUAAGGCGCAGAUCCCACCGAAUCCCAAGAUCGACAUGCGUGUCUCACAAAUAAGAACUAACGUCGAAGAUACGGAAAAAGAGGAAUUGGUGCCGAUGAGCGCCGAUAAACCUUACGGCUUAGACGUGGAAAAUUUCUUACCGCACAGUUACACCGGUCCCACGGCAUUGGGUUAUCCUCAGAUGGGCGUGCUGGCGGAAAUGUCGGAAGCCGAAGUGUUGAACAAUAUGAUGCGCAGCCACGAUUCGAUGAUGGCAGUACUUAAGAGUCGACAUCGCUCGUUACAGAUAAUUUAUUCUCUCUGGCACAAUAAGGACCUCAAGGCCGCGGUAGAAUCUGCAGUCGCGAUGAAUGACUUGGCAGUUAUCGUGGACCUUUUGGGUAUCCUCACAUUAAAACCAGCGAUGUGGAAUCUGGACCUAUGCAAUUUCUUACUGGGUCCCAUCAGCGAUCUCUUUCAGAGUAAAUAUGAAAUGUAUAUAACUGUAGCAUGUUCGGCAUUGAGACUUAUUCUUCGUAAUUUUGCCCCAGUGAUAAAGUCUAAUGUGGAGGCACCUCUCCACACGAUCGGCGUUGACGUGUCACGAGAGGAACGGUAUCACAAGUGCCUGUCUUGUUACGAGAAGCUCUCGGCAAUACGGGCGAUCUUGCUGAAGAAGCAAUCGACUUCCGGCAAACUUGGUGCCUCAUUCCGCGAGCUAGCGGUGCUCAUCAGGAGUUUGGAGUGACCUUGAGAGUGGCGUUGUCUGAGACCCUCGUGAAUUCGACCGCUAAUAUAUCGUCAUCGGUUUCCUCCCGAUGACCAUCAGGCUUAGCAGUGGCAGAACGAGGGCCGCGUCCUGGAAGCGCCAAAUGGAAGCGAAAGAAACUCUGUUGAGAAAUAGCAAUAAGAUGAUGAUCCGAUGUUCGUCUUACGUCGAGAAAAACGCGUUCCUGCUACUGCUGUUGCCUUCUUCCGUCGCCCUCGGUCGAUCUGCUUGCCGAUCGCCUCCUCCUUGUCGUUGUCAUCCUUGCAGUCGCGCCGAUUCUUGGAGAAAGCGAACAAAAUUGCGAGACAUUUGUUAUUUAGUCGCGCGACUUGUCAUUGAUGAAAAAAAGAAAAGAGAGAGAGGAAGUCAGUGAAGGCAAGCAAAAAAAGGAAUCUAUGUGAAGAAAAGUUCGCGGAGUUGAAUGAGAAGCGGAUGAAAGCGAGGAAAGACAUUGUCGCCAAACAUAUCUGAUAUUGUACUGAACCAUCCGGAUUAAAUCGAUCCUACCCCUCCAGUGUUAGAAAAUAUGUAGAUUUUUAAAAAUAUUUUUAAGAAUUUUUUUGUUUAAAAAUUAAUUAAAUUAAAUUUUUUAACUCUAAAUUUGAAAAACUGAUAUUGUGAUAUUUUUCAAGCGAUAAUAAUACAUCACACAUCUCAAAAAGAUGUCUUUUUAAAGAACAAAUUAAACGGAAUAAUCCAAAAAAAUGAUUUUUUGCGAUAAAAAUUAAUUUAAAGAUAUUCUUAUCUCUACGUGCGUCAAUUAACAUGGCACUCUAAUUUUAUAAACAAUAGAAUAACAAAACAAGAAUAAGAAACGAAUUUGCUGAAUCCCGAUGCGUCAGUCGAUUCCAGAGAAUAUAGAGAUUAAUGUUCCGAAUGAGCGUCAGUUCAUCCGACGAGAGCACAAAAUAGAGUUUCACCGAGAGAUGUUUUGCGCCCUUCUUGCCACAGAUCACGCACGAUCGUCAAACGUUUCGGCUAGAAUCAGCAUUGAACCUGCGGAGGCGACGGCUAACACAAUAAGCGAAUAACGAAGCGUAAUGUAGCAUAUAACACACCUUUCUUAGCGUACGAGAGAAACUGUAUUUUUGCAAGAGGUAUUUGCGUCCGUGUACUAAUAAAGUGACUCUAACGUAGGCGUAGAUACCUUGAACCCUGGAGACAAAUCAUAAGGUGUAAGGUGCAAAGAGACCUAAAAGCUUGCACGCGCCUAAAAAGACAGGAAGGAUCGGAAAUUGGAUAGGGAAAGCGCGAUGUCGAUGGACAAUUCGUUUUUAUAUUCACGUUUAAAUUAUUUUUUUUAAAGUAGUAUAACUUCCCGCGGAUCAUGCAUUUUACCUCAAUGUUUAGUGUGAUUGUCUGUUUCAUAGAACCACAUUCAGAAAUGUUAUUCAUGAAAAAUCAAUGCGAUGUCGCUAUUAUAUACACACUUUAGAGGUGUAUUUUUAAGGAACAAUUUUUUAUACUCGAAUUUAUUGCGAAUGAACGUUUUAAUUAACAUACUGAAGAUAUGGAGGAACGAAAUGAAUAUAUCUUGGAAACAGUAUUAUGGAGACGCCUAUUUUGUGAGAUUGUUUUUAUCUUGUUCAACGAUCUCUUCGGUUUUGUUAUUUUGCGAUUUUGUCUCGUCGCGAUGAGUUAAAAGGUAGUGAUUAUACGACAAGUAGUAUUUAUUCAAGCAUUGCAUUUAUCGUAUUAUAAAAAAUUAAAAAAACAUUUAUAUUCUUAUAUUUAUGUUAUUAUAUUUUCAUACUUAUGUACUUAUAUUUAUGUUUUUAUAUAUGAUUCGCAGCGAAAAUUAGAUCAGUAUUAUCCAAAGUAAUAUUUCUCGCCAAAGUAUUUUUUACAGAAAUAUUACGGAAUUUUUUUUCAUAUAAAGUAUUUAACUACGUAAAAUUAUUAUAUACUUAUAAUUCUGAGUCUAAUAUAACGAGAAUUUGUGUCACAUUUGAAAUUGAAUUUGCGAGGACUACCAUCACUGCCUUUUAAUCUAUCACGACAAUAUUUUCUACGUUGUGAUUUUUAUAUUCUCUUUUGGAGUUUGUAUUCUGGCGAUUACAUCCCACCCCAAUCGCUAUUCGAAAAUAGAUGAUAAUUUAAGAUCGGCGAUACGAAUCUUUUGCUACAACGUGUCGAUAAAGAUAAAAAAAUAUUCUGACACGCGACUUUUUACUUGAUAUUGCUUAAAUUAUUUUUUUUUGCGGCAUUUUUGCGAAAGACUGAAUAGUCACAAAAUUAGAAGAGAUCAAGGCGAGAUAAUUGUGGUUGUAGUAUUCUUCGUAUACAUAUGUUCUUCGUAUACAUAUGUUCUUCGUUUGUCAUCGUCGUUUUUUAUUUUCAAUUUUAUAUAUUAUUUAAAUCAGUAAUUAAAUUUACGAUUACGUCUUCUGUUAAUAAAGUCGAUCGUUCGGCUUUCCCUUCCAACGUGGCGGGAGACGAUCCUGAUUGCUGCCAAUAGAGGAUUAUUUAUUACGUAUAGUGCAAUACUUGAUCAUGCGAUCGUCCUCCGCGUAGUAGAAGCCUACACGUUUCUCGUCUUGGAGAAAGAGAACAGUGCGUUGCACAAAUGGUGAAACAAACGGUGCCCAUGAGAGAUAUUACAACUUAACACAUUGCCUCGAAGUAUUAUACAAUAAAGCGUACAACUUCCUCGUUAAUUUUACAUCUCACGUGUUCUUUUUUUUUUUCUUCUUUUUCAUUCAACGCGAUAUCUCCAUAACAAUAUUCCAUCUUUUACAUAAAAAAAAUUUGCUUUAUAAAUCCAUGAGAAUAGAAAGAGCGUGUUAAAGAGAAUUGUUUUGAUUUGAUUGAGACUGAAAAAUAAUUGUAAGAAGCCUAAAUUGAGGGGAACUGACAUAUCGAUAAAAUAAAAAUAAUAAAUCUAGAAAAAAUCCAUAGUUUUUUUUCUCGAAUGGAAAUCAAUAAGAAUCACGUGAAGGAUUUAAUUUUUAAUUUUAUACGUGCAGAUUCUCGAUUAUAUUUGCGUUAUUCUCGCGUCACGAAACAGCAUCAUUUUGUUUGAAGUUUUUUUAACCGUUUAAAAGUAUUUUUAACGGACAGAUAGAUUUUUGCGACAUUUGUAGCUUGCCAAGCGAGUGUUUCCGCGAAAUGGAAAGAGGAGCUCAAGCCUCCAAUCGGACGGCCUAAUCGCCUUCGAAACGAAGAUAAGAAAAUUACGAGGAUACUCGUUGUCGGUUCCGUCCAACGUAUUUUUGUAAGAGAGUGAGGAAGGAAGAAAGAGAGAGUGAAAGAAAAAUACGAGAGAGAGAGAGAAAGAAUGCGUGUUGCUCUUUGAAUGUCCUGUAAUUUAAUCAUCCUAUUAACUUUUCGCUCCGAUCGGUACUCUCGCACAUUGCCGAUUUUUAACUUAAGCUUACGCUCAUACAUUGCGUGGUAUCGAUCUACGAUCUACGAUCUAGCGAGGAUCAUCCCGAGCCUGUGUAACUCAGCUCCGAGCUACGUUGGCGUUCGUCACCGAACGUGAAAUCUCGCAUUUCGCGUCCUGUUCGUCUCGUCGAAUCAUUUUACAUGUUACUUUUUUUAUUAGAUAACAAAUUUUAUUAUUGUUUUGCUCGAUAUAUGUUAAUCUACUGCGCGUUAUCGCUGUUUUAUUUUAACGUUCUCGACUUUUAUUUGUGCCGAUUAUGUUACUUGAACGGGAGUAUAAUAAUAAAUUGUGUUAUUUAUUC